AUGGCCGAGGUGGAAGAGGACCGCCGGUCGACACUGGUGAGUCCCAGGAGGGCCAAGUCCCCCGAUUCGACGCCGUCGCCCCGGGCCCAUAGUCCACACUCGUCGUCGCCCAACACCACGGUGACGACACCGGACCAGUCGCCCGGCAACGACGAUGAUAUCUGGGACACGUCGUCGGACCACGAACACGGCCCGCACGCGACGGCACUGACAGGAGGGGGAUCGGAUUUCCCGGCCCAGUCGUCAACAGACACGUCCAGCCACGGGCAAGGAGGAGCGGCGGGGAUCAGGCGAGAAGUCAUCCUGAGCGACGUCCCCUCGCUGCGUCGUCAGCACAUGACGGACGGAUACCGCGAGGGCCUCUCGGUGGGAAAGGCGCGGGUCAUGCAGAGUGGCUUCGACGCGGGAUACCCCCUGGGGGUGGAGGUCGGACUACGCGUGGGCAAAGUGCUGGGGAUUCUGGAGGGCGUCGUCUCGGCCCUGACCACCAAGCCGGCGCGGUCGAGUGGUAAACUGGUCGGCGAAGCGGGGUCGGGUUCUUCUACAGCGACAGUCACAGUGACAAGUUCGAGCACUUCACCGCCAGGUAUUCAAGCUCCGCAAUAUGGCGUCGUCGAUCGAGAUGAGCCCCAGACUCCCACAUCUUCUAGUGCCGGCCCACGGGACGACGACCUGACUUUCGUCCGCAACCUGUAUGCUCGGGCCCAAAGGGAGCUGAAGAUUUCAGAACUGCUAAAGGGCCUGGACGAUGAGAAGAUCGCCGCGAUUCCUGAUGCCUCCACCAUCAAUCAUACCAGUGACGGUGACAAUGGAGGAGGGGUGGAGCACAAGCAUGCUGAAAGAGCAGCAACAGCAGCACCACCAUUGCCCAUGGAGAUCGAGGUCGUCCUUGUCAAGUGGGAACGAAGUGUGCUGGGCGCGCUGAGAAAGAAUGAUUGA